AUUCCCCUUCUCUCACUCUCUCAAUUCCCUUUCCUCAAUUCUCUCUCUAAGUUUUCGGUACCCUCUCUCUCUCUGCACCACACACACAUAACACGCUUUCAAACAAGAAUCGAACAAACACCAUGAUAUCUGUAGCUUCUUCCACUGAACCCCAAAACCAAGAAUUCUUGGCUCCUACAAUAUCCCCCGCACAGCCUUCUGAGGCCGCCUGUGUAUUCAAAUCGAAAUUACCGGAAAUACCCAUCUCCAACCAGCUCCCACUCCACACCUACUGCUUCGAGCACCUCGCGGAUUUCGCCGACAGACCAUGCCUGAUCAUCGGCUCCACCGGGAAAACGUACAGUUUCGCCCAAACCCACCUCGUAUCACAGAAAGUCGCAGCUGGGCUUUCCAAUCUCGGCAUCAAGAAAGGAGAUGUCGUCAUGGUUCUUCUCCAAAACUGCGCCGAGUUCGUCUUCUCAUUCCUCGGCGCUUCGAUGCUCGGCGCCGUCACCACCACCGCGAACCCGUUCUACACUUCGGCGGAAGUUUUCAAGCAACUCAAUUCUUCCCGAGCCAAAUUGAUCAUUACCCAGUCGCAGUACGUCGACAAGCUUCGGGAAACGGGCGAGAACUUCCCCGUACUCGGGGAAGAUUUCACGGUGAUCACAGUGGAUGAUCCGCCAGAGAAAUGUUUGCACUUCUCGGUGAUCUCCGAGGCCAACGAGGCCGACUUUCCGACGGUUUCGAUCGACCCGGAUGACGCGGUGGCGCUGCCGUUCUCUUCGGGGACAACGGGGCUUCCGAAAGGUGUAAUUCUGACGCAUAAGAGCUUGAUAACCAGCGUGGCUCAGCAAGUCGACGGAGAGAACCCGAAUCUGUAUUUGAACCCGGAAGACGUGGUGUUAUGCGUGCUUCCAUUGUUUCACAUAUACUCGUUGAACAGCGUGCUUCUGUGCUCGCUCAGAGCCGGGGCUGCGGUUUUGCUGAUGCAGAAGUUCGAGAUAGGGGCGUUGUUGGAGCUGAUACAGCUGCAUCGAGUGUCGGUGGCAGCAGUUGUGCCGCCGCUGGUGCUAGCGCUGGCGAAGAACCCUAUUGUGGCGAAUUUUGACCUCAGCUCGAUCAGGGUGGUGCUGUCUGGGGCGGCGCCGCUGGGAAAGGAGCUGGAGGAGGCCCUCCGGAAUAGGGUUCCUCAGGCAAUCUUGGGUCAGGGUUACGGGAUGACGGAGGCCGGGCCAGUGCUAUCGAUGUGCUUGGCAUUUGCGAAGCAGCCAUUUCCAACCAAGUCAGGCUCAUGUGGUACGGUGGUUAGAAAUGCUGAGCUCAAGGUCAUUGACCCUGAAACCGGUUGCUCCCUUGCCCAUAAUCAACCUGGAGAGAUUUGCAUCCGUGGAUCUCAGAUCAUGAAAGGAUAUUUGAAUGACGACGAGGCCACAGCAACCACCAUAGAUGUUGAGGGUUGGCUUCACACGGGUGACAUAGGUUUCGUAGAUGACGACGAGGAGAUUUUCAUUGUUGAUAGGGUGAAGGAGCUCAUCAAAUUCAAAGGCUUCCAGGUCCCACCAGCUGAGCUUGAGGCCCUCCUUGUGAGCCAUCCAUCAAUUGCAGAUGCAGCUGUUGUCCCGCAAAAAGACAAUGUAGCCGGUGAAGUUCCCGUCGCGUUCGUGGUCCGGUCAAAUGAUUUAGAACUUACCGAAGAGUCGGUCAAAGAAUUCAUAGCAAAACAAGUGGUAUUUUACAAGAGACUGCACAAGGUGUACUUUGUUCAUGCAAUUCCAAAGUCUCCCUCUGGAAAGAUUUUAAGAAAAGAUCUGAGAGCUAAGUUGGCUGCAGCUUCCCCUGUUCCUUAGAAUUCUCUUGAUUCUGGUUUUAUCUUUUCAAAGGCAUUGAGUCAUCUGUCUUAGAUUCAUGACAAAGAAGCCCUUGCUCCAACUCAUCAUCCAUCUCAAGCAAUGUCUUCUCCCUUCUUCUCUAUUUUAUUUUUUAUUCACUCUCCAUGUACUGUAAUUUUGAUCUGUACUCGAUCACUAUAUUUAUUUCCAUAAUAAGAGUGAAUGCAAGUAAUUCUUUUC